AUGUCGGCGCUCGAAUGGUACGCCCACAAGUCGCUGGGCGACGGCAUCUUCUGGAUCCAGGAGCGCUUCUACGAGUCGGGCAACCGCGCCAACAUCUGGCUGGUGCGCGGCUCGGAGCAGGACGUGGUGAUCGACACGGGCCUGGGGCUGCGCAGCCUCCCCGAGUACCUGCACGCCGCCGGCCUCCUGCAGGACGGAGCGGCCCGGGAGCACGCGGCGUGCAGGCCGCUGCUGGCCGUGGCCACCCACGUGCACUUCGACCAUUCCGGAGGCCUCUACCAGUUCGACCGGGUGGCCGUGCACCACGCCGAGGCCGAGGCCCUGGCCCGCGGGGACAACUUUGAGACGGUGACCUGGCUGUCCGACAGCGAGGUGGUGCGGGCGCCCAGCCCCGGCUGGAGGGCCCGGCAGUUCCGAGUGCAGGCGGUGCAGCCCACCCUCAUCCUGCAGGAUGGGGAUGUAAUCAACCUCGGUGACAGACAGCUCACCGUUAUGCACAUGCCGGGUCACUCCAGAGGCAGUAUCUGCUUACACGACAAAGACCGGAAGAUUCUCUUCAGCGGAGACGUUGUGUACGACGGAUCGCUGAUCGACUGGCUCCCCUACAGCAGGAUAAGUGACUAUGUCGGGACCUGUGAACGUCUGAUCGAACUGGUGGACAGACGUCUGGUGGAGAAGGUGCUUCCUGGGCACUUCAACACCUUUGGCGCCGAAAGGCUUUUUCGAUUGGCUUCUAACUAUAUUGCAAAAGCCGGGAUCUGUCACAAAGUUUCUACUUUUGCCAUGCGAUCUUUUGCAAGUUUAGCCCUACGGGUAACAAAUUCCAGGACCUCACCAUAG